UCGAUUGAAUCGCUGCCUUGAGGGACGAGAAAGGUAGAGUCCAAAGUCAGGCUCCGACCUCCGUCCCCGGCCAGUCGGACUUUGGGAUCGACGCAGGGCCCAGUCAGAAUCCCUGUGUCAGGUUGUCCGCCCUUGCCUGGAUGACUGCACUGCGGCAUGUGUGAGCAUCGACCAGAUAUAUAAGGAGAACAGAAACCACCAUCCUCAAACCCUCAACAUACAACACCGCAACCAUGCCCGUCCUCCCUCAACUCAUCCAGCAACCCUCAUCACCCAACCCAUCAACCCUCCCCAUCCGCCAACACAAAUUCAAAACUCCCACCCUCCGGCUCCAACUCAACGACCUCUCCCACGACGGCUCAGCAAUCUUCCUCUCCAACGUGAAAGCCAGCGAAGACUUCGAAAUCCAAGUCCAAAACGUGCUAAAUCUCCUCUACACACCCUCUUGCCACCGUCCGGGAACCCGCUCCGUCACGCUCAUCCUUCGAUGCAUGGACGGCGUAGCCUACACGACCGGAACGGAACUCGACAGCGACCACAAGGAGAUUCACUUCAAUCUAAACUACAUCAAUCGCACGCGCGCCGAUCAGAGACAUGAGCUGCUGGGGGUUCUGUGUCACGAACUAGUGCAUUGCUUCCAGUGGGAUGCGGGAGGUUCCUGCUCGGGAGGUCUGAUUGAGGGUAUUGCGGACUGGGUAAGGCUACGAGCGGGUCUGGGGGCGACGCAUUGGAAGCAGGAAGCGGAGGGUGACUGGGAUGGUGGGUAUCAGCAUACGGGGUAUUUUCUCGAGUACCUUGAGCAGAGGUUUGGGCCGGGGACGGUGAGGGCUAUUAAUGGGUGUUUGCGGGAGGGGAAGUACGAUGAGAAGAAGUUGUUUGAGAAGUGUUGUGAGGGACAGAAUGUGGGAAAAUUGUGGAAGGAGUAUCGGAAGUCGUUGGAGAAGAAGAACGGGAGUGAUGACGACUGUGAGGAGGGGAAGGAGAGUGCUGACGACUGCGAGGAGAAGAAGGAUGACGGAUGGGAGAGUGCUGGGACCGGUUCUUCUAAUCGAGACCAGAAGUGA